GAUUCCAGUCAAAAUUCCCAUUUUCCCAUUACCAAACCAAUCCAAAUUAAGAAAAUAUUAAACCAAUCAAUCUCAAUCAAAACAAAACAAAACCCAUCUUGAUUUUUCCGUUUUCAAUCCGAUCAUCAUAUUUUUCUUCAUCAAAUUCAGUCAAAUUCUCUGUUUUUGAUUUCUUUUUCAAGUCAGAAACCCUUUAAUUUUGAUCAUCAAAUUCAGUUUUUUUCAGUUUCUAUCCCUUCAAUUUCUUCUUUAUUCAUCUCUGUUUGAUCGGUUUCAUCUUAGUUUUCAUCGACCGAUUGAAGAAAAUCCUGAUUCUAUUUUUGAUCAUGAUGAAAUUCUGAUUGAAUUUUUUCUGGAAAUUCUGGUUUGUGAUCAGAGGUAUACCGUGGAAAAUCCGAUACACACUUAGCGUAGAUUUUCGGAUAUUGAUCGGUUUUGUGAUGGAUCAAUUUCGCCAAAUUGGGAAGGUUUUGGGGAGUUUAAAAGCUUUAAUGGUAUUCAAAGAUGAAAUACAAAUCAAUCAAAGACAGUGUUGUUUAUUGGUAGACAUAUUCAGUCAAGCGUUCGACGGCGUCGCCGAAGAAUUAAAAGAAAACCUUAAAUUCGAAGAACGGAAUACGAAAUGGAAGAUCCUCGAACAGCCAUUGAAAGAAUUACACAGAGUUUUCAAAGAAGGUGAGUUAUACGUUCAACAAUGCUUAGAAACAAGAGAUUGGUGGGCAAAAGUCGUUUCGCUUUCGAAAAACAAAGAUUGUGUUGAAUUCCAUGUACAUAAUCUGUUAUGUUGCAUUCCUGUUGUUAUCGAAUCUAUCGAGAUCAUCGCGGAGAUUUCUGGCGUCGAUGAUGAUGAAAUUCAGAAGAAGAGGUUUGUGUUUAUGAAGAAGUAUGAAAAAGAAUGGCAAGAUCCCAAGUUAUUCGAAUGGAAGUUUGGGAAAAAGUAUUUGGUUUCUCAAGAUUUCUGCAAGCGGUUUGCCGCGGUCUGGAAAGAAGAUAGAUGGGCGCUGCUGCAAUCGAUCAUGGAGAAGAAAAUGUCUGGGACAUUGACGAAGCAAGAACAACGGCUGGCCGAAUUACUGUUUAAUAACUUGAGUGAAAUGGAUUCUUCAAAGUUCAAGCUGUUUCCGAGCUCGAUUUUAGUCGGUUCCAAAGAUUACCAGGUGAGGAGACGAUUAGGAACUGGAAGCCAAUUCAAGGAAAUUCAGUGGUUGGGUGAAAGCUUUGCGUCGAGGCAUUUCUUCGGCGAGAUUCAUGAGCCGUUAAUGCGCGAUAUAUCGGUUCUGUCAUCGUUAGCGCAUCCGAAUGUAUCGAACGUCUUCUGCGGAUUCUCUGACGAGGAGAAGAAAGAAUGUUUCAUGAUUACAGAAUUGAUGAACAAAGAUCUUAGCAGCUACAUCAAGGAGAUAUGCGGUCCGAGGAAACGUAUACCGUUCACCGUUCCGGUUGCGGUUGACAUAAUGCUUCAAAUUGCAAGAGGAAUGGAGUAUCUUCAUUCUUUGAAAAUCUAUCAUGGAGAUUUGAAUCCGUCGAACGUUCUUAUUAAGGUAAGGAAUCCGGUUGCAGAAGGAUAUUUACAUGCGAAAGUUACCGGAUUCAAUCUAUCUGCGGUGAAGACUAUGUCCCGAAGCAAUUCGAAUCUUAAUGGGAUACAAACUUUCAUCUGGUACGCGCCGGAAGUACUGCUAGAGCAAGAACAGCCGGGGAAUGUUUGCACUGCGAAAUACAGCGAGAAAGCCGAUGUUUAUAGCUUCGGUAUGAUGUGCUUCGAACUUCUGACAGGAAAAGUUCCAUUUGAGGAUAGUCAUCUGCAGGGAGAUAAAAUGAGCAGGAACAUCCGUGCAGGGGAGAGGCCGCUGUUUCCAUUAACUUCGCCGAAAUACAUAACGAACCUGACAAAGAGAUGUUGGCAGACGGACCAGGCUCAGCGUCCGAACUUCUCAUCCAUAUGCAGGGUUCUGCGCUACAUCAAGCGGUUUCUGGUGAUGAAUCCGGAUAAUGGCCAGCCAGAUGCACCGUCGCCGCAAGUUGAUUAUAAUGAACUAGAGAUUGGUCUAUCUAGUAAGUUUGUUGGUUGGGGUGGAAAUGUACAGCCAAUGCCGGUAUCUCAAAUUCCGUUUCAGAUGUUUUCUUAUAAAGUUCUGGAGAAGGAGAAAUCAAGUACUGGGCAUAUUAGAGAAAAGGGUUCGGAGUCGGGGAGCGAAGGAGCUUCCAUCUGCGGAGACGAGAGUUUGAGUAUUGUGGAAGAUCCAUUCUCAAUAUCAGUGGAGAAGCCAACACCAACCGAGAAAAAGAAUUCGUCCCAGCAGGAACCAGGCAUAAGAAGAUCUUCAUCUGCAAAAAAGCUAGACCCAAAAGCGAUCAAACAAGCAGCGGCAGGGUCAGGGACGCCGAAAGGAAGAUCAUUAAGACCUCCACAACUCACUUCAUGUGGAAGAAGUUUAAGGAUGAAUUCAGAAAGCCAAUUACCAAUGGUAAGUCCAAACACUAGGCGGAGAUCGUCAGGCCACGCAUCAGAUUCUGACAUAUCAUAGAUCUUCUCCCUUCUUCAUUUUGUUGCAACAAAUACAAUUUUCCUUCUGUUUUGUUAGUGUUAAGGUUUCGAGUUGCAGAUUUGUGUGCUUAAAUCAUUUAUUCUACAACACACUUUGGGUUGUUUGUCUAUUGGGAGGGGGUUUUCCUCGUUAUACAAAUUACACAGUUCAUUGUAUAAAGCCAGGCAAGUUAAAUGUUUUUCUCUUGUAGGUUGUUGUUGUUUGUUUUUAAUUCUAACUCUGAAACUAGUUAAUGUUCU